AGGUUGGCGGCCCACGAGCCCACCGGGGCGACGCUGCUGGCCUCGCCGCUGGACGCGCUGGACUACAUCUGCAGGUGGCUGCCCCUGAAGGCCGACAGGAGCUUGCCGGGGACGCUGCUGCAGACGAUGGAGCGGUGCGGGUGGACCCGGCACACGACCGUGCCGGCCUUCCUCCCAGAGCGGCGGCGGCCGCCGCCGCGGCGGCCCCGGACCCGCCGCCGCACGCGCCCUGCACCCCGCAGCUGGUGUGGGCGCCGAGCCUGCGGGAUCCCGGGCGCAUCUCCAUCGACGCACGGCCGGGGCGCCAGCGCGUCGUAUUCCCUGUCGAGCCCCGUGCCGCAUGCGGCCUUGUGCGAUGCAGAGCAGGUCACGCCCUGGACCCUCGCGGGCAGCAGGCCCGCGGCGCGCGUCCAGGCGGCCGCUCUCGCCUCGCCGCCCCUCGUCGGGACGCCGCGCGCGGGGCCAGCGUGGGGCCACGCGACCUCAGAGGCAGCGCCUGUCCAGAGCCCACGUUUCCCGCCGCAGCCGCCGGCCAGGUCGGUGGCAGCGGGGGCGUCGGCGCAGGCCGCGGCGCCGGCGGACCCCGCGACGCCAGCGGCAGCGGCACCCGCCGCGCCCGCGGUGCCUCCCCCGCCGCCGCGCUUCUGCGCGGCGCACGCGAACAGCUCGUGCCGCGCGAAGGCCGCGUGGCCGAGCGCCCUGCGGUGCGGCCGGUGCAAGGUGCAGGUAACCACGACCUACUCGACUUUUGCCCUGUGCGCGGCCUGCUCGGAGGCGGCGCGGCGCUGCAUGAUCUGCGGCGGCCCCGCGCCACUCUCAGGGAACUACGUGCCGUGCGCCGCCCUUGCGACGGCAAGGCGGGCGCCCGCCGUGCUGCGCGUCGCCCGGGUGGGCGGCGCCUGCAGCACGCAGGGCUUUGGCAAUAUUUUCGGCACGAUCUUCUCGAGCGGGGCUAGGCGCCACGGCAUGCAGGGCACGUGUGCAGCCCUAAGCGUGGAGUGGCAGCCCAAGCCGGCCAUCACCCUGUGGGACCUGGGGCGCGAGGGGAGCAGGCGCGUGGACACGGUCGUCGGGGACGGGGCGCGCGGCGGCCAGCACGCGCGCGCCGCGCUCGCCGACUUCGAGACCAUGCAGGUCCUCAUCACCACCCAGGACCACCGCCUGGAGCUCUGGGACCUUCGCAAGCUCGGCGCGGCGGCGGCCACGAGCGAGCCUGGCGUCGUCGCGGACCCCUCCGGCACGCUGAACGCCCGCCAGCUCGGGAGGAGCUGUGGCAGGGCCCUGUGCAGUGGAAGAGCGGGCGUCGUCAACAUCGUGGACGUGCGUGGCGCCGGGAGCAGCCUCAAGUUCGGGGAGGAGGCGCCGUCCUCCCUGAUGUGA